AUGAUAUGCGAUAAUCGAGUAAUUUUCUAGAAAUAGAAGAAAAUAAUUUAUUUACGCAACAUAGUCUUUUUGAUACAUUUUCUUUUGUUUACGUACGUAUCUGGGAAAAGAGAAAUAGAUGUCUUGCACAACAUAGCAACACUUAUCUCUUUAUAAGGAAAUAUGAUAAUUGUAGCUAUUUCCCCUCUUUUUUUCUCUCUCUCUCAUACGCAUUUCAUAUUUGCAAUUUCAUCCAUCACGUGAACGAUGAAUGAAUAACAUCAGCAAAAUAUUCUCCAAAUGAUUUUUUUAAUCAAAUAUUUAAAAAAAUUAAUGUAAAGAUACAGAGAAACUAUACUUUAACAAGCAUUCGAAAUUCUUUAAUGACCCAAGUUCAGUGACUCAUAUGAACGAUAAGCUCUCGUCUUUUUAAUUCCUUUUACUGAAACUUGGUGCUGAUAGAUAACCGACUUAAGAGAGACGUAUUCGAUUCGUUGUGAUGCUUAACCACUUCAGCAUUCGUCAUCGUUGCUAAAUAAAUGAUUUAAAGUCGACUUGAAACUAGGAAGGCGGAUGCCCUCACGUUUGUCAAUGUGAAUUAUUAAACGAGGCAUUCAGUGUUUUCAGAACACCGUGUAUAACGGACGGCGAACGGAAUAUGACAGGGCCUACGUGACUCAAUGAUUUAAUCUACCUAUUGUCAAAACUGUGUGCGUGUUCAUGCGUUCAUCUCUUGCCCUUGCUGUGCCGCUCGGUCUUCGCCGAGCUUAAUGUCAUUUUGCCGUCUGCACGGAAAUUUUCACGGGGAAGAUGGGUCAACGUGUCUCGAGGUCCGACUUCGAAUGGGUCUACACCGAGGAGCCGCACGCUACCCGGCGCAAAAUUAUACUAGAAAAAUAUCCACAAAUAAAACGGCUGUUUGGAUAUGAUCCGAACUUCAAAUGGGUUGUUACUGGAAUGGUGUUAAUGCAGUUCCUCUCAUUCUUUAUUGUUAAGGAUUUGAGUUACCCAAAACUCUUGUUGUUAGCCUAUUGCUUUGGGGGUGUAAUAAACCAUUCCCUUAUGCUUGCGAUACACGAGAUAUCUCAUAAUCUUGCUUUUGGACAUGCUAGGCCUAUGGCUAACAGACUCUUCGGUUUUUUUGCAAAUUUGCCAAUAGGAAUACCAAUAUCAAUUAGUUUUAAAAAAUAUCAUCUAGAACAUCAUCGUUACCAAGGCGAUGAAAAAUUAGAUACCGAUUUGCCAACGUUAUUAGAGGCAAAAUUAUUUAGUACGACUUUUGGAAAAUUCUGUUGGAUAUUGCUGCAACCAUUGUUCUACGCAUUCAGACCUCUUAUAACAUACCCGAAAAUACCAACUGCUCUAGAAUAUGUCAAUUUAGUUAUACAAUUGACGUUUGAUGGCUGUGUAUGGUACUUUUUUGGCGGUAAAGUGCUCUUUUAUUUGCUCAUUGGCUCUCUCAUGGCAAUGGGAUUGCAUCCUGUAGCGGGGCAUUUUAUAUCCGAGCAUUAUAUGUAUAAAAAAGGCUUCGAGACGUACAGUUACUACGGUCCUCUGAACUUCAUCACUUUCAACGUUGGAUAUCACAACGAGCAUCACGAUUUUCCCGCAGUGCCUGGCUCGAGAUUACCAGAGGUGAAACGCAUAGCCGCGGAAUUUUACGAUAAUUUGCCGCAGCACAAUUCAUGGGUUUCCGUCCUGUACGAUUUCGUAAUGGAUCCCGAAAUUGGGCCAUACGCAAGAAUGAAACGAAGGCAUCGAGGAUUAGAUCAAUAGAUUUUUUAAUUCCUUAGUUUUUCUAUGGAUGUAUAUAAGAUUUAUAUUUACACGAUUGAUUCUGCUACUAUACAAAUUGGCAGAAUUUGUAAGGACAUAUAGCUCGAGGAUGUCCUACAUUGUUCGAAAUGCGUAUGCUUGAAAGCAUAACAUAUUUCUUGCACUGCAACAUACAUUCAGGGAUAAUUUAAGGAUGAUAUUAAUGUAUGUAUGUAUGUAUGUAAUAACAGACAAGUAUAAUUGUCAAACUGUU